AUGGAGCUGUCUCUGGCCUUGGGUCGCCGGGGAACCGACGGCAGCAGGGUGGCCGACGAUGAGGUGCAGCCGAUGUUCCCGUGCCUCUACUGCGACAAGAAGUUUCUCAAGCCUCAGGCCCUCGGGGGCCACCAGAACGCGCACAAGAAGGAGCGCGCGGCCGGCUGGAACCCAUACGUCUACCGCCACUACGCCUUUGCCAAUCCCACCUCGUCUCGCGUGGCCGCCGCCACCGACAACUUCACCCCUGUCGCCGUGCACCGCGGUGGUAGUGGCAGCGCCCCACCGCUCCUCCAUGUCGUUGCUGAGGCUGGUUCGCCGGCUCCAUUGGUCCACGGCAUACUAGCGGCAGCCGGCCUGUUCUCGGGCGACUACGGAGGUCUGUGGGACAUGCUCAACUGGAGAAGGUCAUCCGGCGGCGCUGAACUGGCGCCGGAAUGCAACACCGGUGUGGAGAUCGACCUGGAGCUGCGACUGUAG